AUGUAUAAUGAUUCAUUUUCGUGCGAUUGUGCGGAUGGAUUUGAAGGUGCAUUGUGCGAUAUUCCGAACGGUAAUUGCGAUAGCAAGCCUUGCAGAAACGGUGGUCUAUGCUCUCCAACAAAUGAUGGGUUCAGUUGUCUGUGCUCUUUAGGAUACACGGGGAAGACAUGUGAAAGGCUAGAGAAUCAUUGUGAAAAAUCGCCGUGUGCACAUGGAGUGUGUCGAGGCGUAUGGAAUGGCUUUGUGUGUGAUUGCGAGUCAGGAUGGAGAGGAGCGUUGUGUGAUGUUGACGUUGAUGAGUGCGAUCGCUUCGCUUGUGAAAAUGGUGCAAACUGCACGAAUACAGAAGGAUCGUUCAGCUGUGAAUGUCCCAAAUACUAUCUUGGUGAUCGUUGCGAGAUAUUAGGUUCUUGUGUGAGUGAGCCGUGCGGCAAUAGAGGGGAGUGUAUCCAGCAAACGGAAACUCAACAUUCGUGUUCAUGUUAUCGAGGUUACACCGGUGAAUUCUGUGAGCAAGAGAUUGAUUAUUGCAGUUCGAGUCCGUGUCACAAUGGUGCGACGUGCGAACGCUUCAUCGGAGGAUUCAAAUGCAACUGUAUAGCUGGCUUUACAGGUGAGACUUGCUCAGUGGAUAUAGAUGAUUGUUCGAGUGAUAGUUGCUUGAAUAAUGGUGUUUGUACGGAUCGAGUGAAUGGAUUUGAUUGUGACUGUAAUGGUACAGGAUAUAGAGGAGUGCAGUGUGAGGAGGAUAUCAAUGAAUGUUUGGAUGAUGUUUGUGUGCAUGGAACUUGUGAGAAUCUACCUGGAAAUUACAAAUGUAUUUGCCAGCAAGGUAGUUCAUCGUUCACUAUCAGCUUCCAAAAAUCAGUUUAUAGUUUUACCCUUUUGUUCCUUUCCAAUAUCACAACUGUCAAGUGA